UUUUCGAAUCCGGCGAUGUGUUUUUGAAUAGAUUGUUGCUCAGAAUAAUAAGAAUGUAACGUCGCAUCGAUUGAUGAAGCGCAGAGGGGAAAGAGAAGAGAAGUCGCAGGAGAAAGAUGGGAAGUUCGGACGUUGGAAUACGAGGAAUCAGCAACAGCUCGAGGUCGACGAGUCUGGGAAGCGGUCGAGCAACGGGGUUAGGGUUUUAGUGGCGUCGUUGCGGAACACAUGGAGAUCGGUAGAGGAAUUGAGGAGGACGGAUGAGGGAUUUGAGGCCGUGAUCGUACACAUGGAGUCUCUACCAAAUCUGGGUUUUGGAAUGAGUAGCUGAGGAAUUUGCAUGGAAGUUGUCGCCGAUUGUUGCUGCUGAAGAAACGGUCAAAAUCCAUCAGCGGUUGUAGUAUCGGGUCAGGCAGAAUGGUGGAAGAAUUGGCGCACAGGGUAGGCACCAAAGGAGGAUCGAUGGUGCUGAUCAAGGACUGCGUGGCUUGUAGAGGAGGCUUCCUGUUGCACUAUCUGCUGAAAAGACUUCUGACGUCCACCAACGCACGCGUUGUGAUGCUUGGUCUCUCGGAGCCUUUCUCCCAUUACUCUCGAAUUGCUCGGAAACAGGGUUGCAAUCUGCAGAGCAUGCGAGACAGUGGCCGAUUUCUUUUCGUUGAUCAACCACUGCUGCUCAGUGAACAAAGAACUGGAUCAGAUGCUGGUGCAAGUGCUACUCCCUUAUCGGACAAUCCACUGGCAGCCAUCUAUCUGAAAAUCAAAGAGGCAGCCCGAGGAGGGCAGGUUUCUGAUCCUUCCGGUGACGGUGCAGGGCAGACGUGCAUCAUGAUUGAUGAUGCUUCGAUAUUGGAUGUGAUUGCCGGCGGAUCUCAUAACUUUGUACUAGACUUUUUGCACUAUUGCAGAGCACUCACAGUCGGGAAGCAGAGAUGCUCUUUGAUCGUUCUCACGCAUCGAGAUGUUUAUGAGGAGCCUCCUGCCUCGUUCAUGAGCCCACAAUUGGAACAUGCUGCUGAUACAGUUAUUACUGUGGAGCCUUUGAGCACUGGCCUUGCAGUCGAUGUCCACGGUCAGGUUACAGUGCAGCACAGAACAGAUCAACUUGAGGAUGUGUUCUCGCAAGUGAGAACAAGAGUCAGGCUCCAAAAGCAUCAAUUUCGAAUCAUGGAGGGAACAGUUCAAUUCUUCUUGCCAGGGCAAGCAUGAAGGUGCUCUGUUAGCACGAGACCAUUCGAGAAAUUGUGAUGUUUCAAAUGGCGUGAGAAGGCAGAUUGAUAUCAUGGUUAGGUAAAAUCUUAAGGAUAUAUCGUUUGGUGCCAGCCUCAAAUCUGCCCAGAAUUUGUCGGAAUGUCGGCGAAUCAGCCCGAUUUCAACUCAGUGCUGCAAGCUUUUCAGACAAUGGGACAUUAUUCGUGGUGGUGACGACUUCUGUGCAAGAUAUAAUAGUGCGCAUACAUGAGAAGUUUUCUGUUCGGGAGAUUUUCAUAGUGUCCCACCCAUGCGAUGGUAACCAACGUUGCUUGUAUAUAAUUUUAAACUUUUAAUUCAGUUUGUCUAAGGUCCACUUUUCUGUAUCUGUUCGCAGUAUAGAUCGUGUGCAGAAGAAUGUUGAGUAUUGAUUAAACUUAUUUCCCUCAGUAC